UAUAUCCGACAGCAGUGUAAGCAAUUCACAAUAAAUCAGAAACACAAUCCAUGGGUUUUUUAAAAUUUUUCCUAUGUAUUUGUGUACACGAUAAAAGGGAAUAGUCGCGACUGAUCAAUUGUGUUUGUAUCGUUAAAAAUAAAAUAUCACAUCUGAGGGUUCGCACGAAGCAAUCUAUUACGGUUCAAAUUGCUGCUUAGCAUUUGAAAUUAUUUCAAUACCUAGUUAGAGAGAAAUUCGUGGUAUAGACUCUAAUGAUAUGACAUCGACGAGAUGAGACAUCGUUUGUCGAAGGGCCCCAACUGCAUGUGACAGUUAUCGAAAUUACACGGAGUCUAAUGCAUCCCAGGUGGGGAAUUCUCAUCGUUAUUUUACUCCAGUGUUCGGUAGGAAGUGAUGAAGUCACUGCGAAAUUCACUGGAGACUAUUUCGACCGCCUCAUAAUUCGACAAAUCGUCGCUUUUGGAUGCUGGAGUGCUGAAGAGACUCUGGAAUUUUCGAGAUCACUGAUGAAAGAUGGCCGGUACCUGUCGUACAUCUCUAUUCAGAACAAUUUGGACAUGCAGAGAAUUUUGAAAGUGCAUUAUUAUAAAUUGGGAAUAUUUCUGGACUUGGAUUGCUCAGGGAGUGAAACAAUAUUUCAUCAGUUUCAAAGUCAACACUUACGUCACAAUGAGUCAUAUUUUUGGCUGAUGCUCACGAUCAAGUCCGAGCUGCCCAAAUAUUUUGAACAUCUUCCUUUGAAUAUCGCAACGGAGAUGACAGCAGCAUUGAGGACACCUGAUGGAGAACACACACUUUACGAUGUUUACAAUCCUAGUUAUCGACAUGGAGGCAACUUAAAUGUCACUCUCAUGGGAUACUGGAAUGUUGAAAAUGGUUUAAACAUUCAGUUGACGCAGUAUAAAUACAAACGCCGUGGUAAUCUUUACGGUCUUGGUCUCAAUGCCUCGAUUGCAAUUGAUCAUCCAACAGUUCCUGACUAUGAAACCUACAUUCACAAUCCAAUAAAUCCUCAUUACGACACGAUGCAUCGAUAUAAUUUCGCUCUAACUCGACAACUGAGAGAUUACUACAAUUUCACAAUGAAUUUAUCGAGGGGCACAACAUGGGGGUACCUAAUCAACGGAUCGUUCAAUGGAAUAAUUGGAGACAUGAUUAAAGGAAUUGUUGAUUUUGGUGCGACACCUUUUCAAUUUAAACCUGAAAGAAUAGAUGUUAUUGAAUACACCGUCCAAGGGUGGUUGGCAAGGCCCUGCAUUCUCUUCCGUCAUCCAAAGAAGAAUAAUUUGAGCAAUCCCUUCCUCAAACCCUUCGAGAUGAAACUCUGGUACUGGAUCGCAGUAUUUGGUGUUAUACUCUGGGGUUUUCUCUAUUUAACUGUGAAAAUAGAAAAUAAAUUUGAUCCUCGAACACCUAGUAACACUCUUGAUACUCACCCAGCAUCGGAAACGAUACUAAUAGCUGCUGCAGCCAUCUGCCAACAAGGAUUGAGUGAUGGUCCUCGUUGUUAUUCUGGACGCAUUACCUUCUUAUCUCUCUUCUUCUGGGGUCUCUUGCUGUAUCAGUUCUACUCUGCCAGCAUCGUAGGAUCAUUGUUAUCAGAAACAUCCAAUUGGAUAACAACGCUGCAGGAUAUCGUCGACAGCAAUCUGGAAGUUGGGAUUGAAGAUAUGGCAUACAACCACGAUUUUUUCGCAACAUCAACAGAUCCUGUCGUCCUGGAGCUUUACCGUAAGAAAAUAGCAGUCAGCCCGAAGCGGAAGGCAGAGCCAUAUUUCUCAGCUGAGGAAGGUAUUAAACUGAUGCAGAAGGGUGGCUUUGCCUUUCAAGUGGAUGUCGCCACAGCUUACAAAUUCAUCGAAGAAACCUUCACUGAUGACGAGAUUUGUGACCUAGUUGAGAUUCAGCUAAUGGCACCGAAACACACGGCCACUGGAACAGCAAAACAUUCUCCAUUCAAGAAGAUGAUUACUUAUGGAUUGCGACUCGUGAUGGAGCGAGGUACACCCCAGCGUUUGCUAAACAUUUGGAUGCAUCGGAGGCCCCGAUGUCCAGAGAGUCAUAAAGCAAAUCCUCUUCCCGUCGUCCUAACCGAAUUCAGUCCUGCUUUAUUUCUUCUCACCAGUGGUAUCAUGUUUGCAAUGAUGAUGAUGACUAUUGAGAUGUUUUUCUUGCGUUAUUUACAUCCAUCAAAUCUAAAAUCUGAAGAUGAGGUUGACUCUGUCGCGACAGUCGACAGUGGAAUCGACAAGAUUUACAUUGAUGAUCCAGACAGAUAAACUGGGUUGAAGUUGAAAAGCUCCUGUUUGGGACUGUUCCCAACAAAGGAAUUCGAACUGGUGUUUUAGCAAAUUAAUAGAAAUUAUAACCACAUUAAUAAUAUUCACAUUUAUAAUUAUCAGAUUGUUAUCGUGAUCAUAUUUGCAUGUUGUUUCAUAUGCAAUAUUAAU